CGGGAUUUGCGCCGCCAAGUCGACUGCGGAAUGGCCAGCGACAAGUACGCGAUGAACGCGACGCCGGCGGGAAGGUCGAGACCGAGAUGGCGGACGACAACAGCAUCAAGGUCUUUGGCUGGAUGCACAAGCAGGGCACGCGCGCCUUCAAAGGGCCCGUGGCCAAGAGCUGGCGCCGCCGCUUCUUCUGCCUCGAAGGCAACAAGAUCUACUACUUCCACGAGCCGGUCGAUGCGCGCAAGUACUUCAACUCGCGCAAGAGUGAGCUCUGCAUUGGCACGGUCGAUCUCCGUGGCGCGUUCAAGCUCGAGCAAAGUUCGCGCCUCGAUUUGCCGUCCAAGGGUAUCGAGAUCCACACCAAGCGCCGCGUGUGGCUCCUUUGCCCAGAGACUGACGCCGACUUCAACAUGUGGUUUGAUGCGCUCGAAGAGAUCAUCAUCACGGCCGGCAGUGGCAACGUCGUCGUGCGCCAGCUCCCCAACGUGCGCGAAUACGUCAUGAAGGGUCGCACGAGCUACCGCUUCUUUUACUUUUUGUUUCUGAUCACGGCCAUUGUCGAGCUCGCGGGUAUCAUCCUGUGGUUCCCGCUCGGUAUCGAGCCGUGCGACCUUCUCCACCGCAACGACACGUGCGUCAACAUCUUCAAGCGCUACUCGGCCGACAACCAGCCCGUCUGUGGCCCGAAGCCGUUCAAUGGCAUGUGGAACCCACCGCAGUGGUACUGGACGCAGGCCGGCAUGACCAACGUCCAGUGCUUCCGCGAGCCCGUCCUCGCGCACUGGGUCUCGUACUUUAUGUUUUACUUUGCCGAGUUCAUCUCGAUCUUGCUCGGCGCACUCUACUACCUCGGUAUGUGGAAGCCCGUGCGUCGCGGCGCGCAGUACCUCAGGGACUUCAACCCGCCGUUUCCGGCCGACAAGUGGCCGACGGUCGAUAUCCUGCUAUGCCAUUACGCCGAGCCGGCCGAAGACACGAUGGCGACGCUCGAUGCAAUCCUUAAGCUCGACUACCCGCCCGAGAAGCUCCACGUGUACAUUUGCGACGACGGCGCGUUCAAGACCAAGUUUACGCCGGGGAACCCGAUCCCCGAGGUCGUUGUCAACCAGGGCGUCAUCGAGAACGCGGGCGACGUGCGCUACGAACUCGCGCACUUUAUGUACGAGAAGGUGCUCGACCUCGACGGCGAUGGCCAAGGCAUUGGCUACACGCGUGCGGCCGAGAUGGAAGUCAACGAGUGGCGCCGGUCGCACACGACGGUCAAGCUCCCGACACCCGAGAACCCGCGCGUGUGCGAGCGCGUCGACUGCGCGAUCGGCUCGGAGCGCGACGACUACGACUACCGGUACGCGGGUCUGCCGCGUGUGACGUUUGUCGGCCGCGUCAAGCCGCCGACGCACCACUCGAAGGCCGGCAACAUCAACAACGUGCUCUACAACGAAAAGGCCUCGGGCAAGUACGCGAUCAUUCUCGACAACGACAUGAAGCCGCACCCGAUGUUUGUGCAAGCGACGCUGCCCUUCUUCUUUGACUCGCCGUCGUCGACCAAGACGUUUCGGUGCUCGGCGCCGGGCUGCUCGGAUAUUGCCAAGAUCUCGUGCACGCUCUGCGUCCAGGCCGGCGUGCCCGAAGCCAACAUUAGCUACUGCUCGAAAGAGUGCUUUGACGCGGCCAACCACGCCAAGUCGGACAUUCACCGCCGCCAAACGCGGUCGAGCCGCGCCAAGCGCACGCAGUGCUCGGGCUGCGGCGGCACCGUCAACCAAAAGACGGGCGAGUGCAAGAGCUGCCACAACAACUAUGGUCGGCGCAGCUCGAUCGGGACGGUCCAGAACAACCAAGUGAUGCUCGCGAUGGACGACCAGUACUCGGACGACGUGCGCAAGAACCAAGUCGGCUACGUGCAGACGCCCCAGUACUUUGAAGACUGCUUGCAGCUCCGUCUCGGCGACCCGUGCGGCCACCGCAACUCACGUUUUUCGAUUCGGCGCAGACGGGCAUGGACGGCUACGAGUGCGCUUCGUUUGCCGGCACGAACGCGAUCUUCCGCCGGUCGGCGCUCGACUCGGUGUCUGGGAUUGCGUACGGCUCGCUCACGGAAGACGCCUUCACGGGCAAGCUCAUGAUUGACAAGGGCUGGAAGGGUCUCUACUUCCGCAAGGAUUUCGAAGGCGAAGAAGGCGACCGCAUCCGAUUGGCCGAAGGCGCCGUGCCCGAGACGGUCGCGGCGAGUCUGGCGCAGCGCAAGCGCUGGGCGAAGGGCAACUUUCAAAUUUUCCUGCGCCGGAAAAAGUCGCUCGUGGACCCGACGUGGUCGCCGCCGACGGUCGAGCUCCCGCCGCCGCGCAAGGUCAACCGCUUCAUGCGCUGGGUCUUCUUCAUGAACCUCACCAUCUACCCGAUCGGGUCGUUCCCGGCGCUCUUCUUCUUUUACAUUACCGGGUACUUUCUGUACUCUGGCAAUGCGCCCAUCUACACGGCCGGGCUCCGCCUCCUCGUGGCGCUUGUGCCCAAGAUUGUCAUCCAGACGAUCCUCUCGGCCAUGAUGAACCGGACGGUCGACAACAACGACGUCAUGCGCAGCCAAGAGACGUGGUUCUCGUACGCCUUCGUGCACGUGGUCGCGGUCUUUGACGCGAUCUACUGGAAGAUCACGGACAAGGAGGCGGCGUGGGCCAACACUGGCGCGCUCGGCGGCAACUCGACGAUGGAGCUCCCGAACGUUCUCGUCUUUUUCUCGAUUGUCUUUGGUGUCAUCUGGAGCGUCGUCCGCUUCUUUGUCGGCUACAACAACGCCGAGACGACCCAUGGCACGCCGCUCGUCUUCGGCUCGCUCUUCCUCGGCAUCUUCACCGCGAGCCAGCUCGGCCCGAUGGUGCGCAUGUCGCUCCAGACGUACUUUGGCUGGAGCCACAAGAGUCUGACGGACCAAGGCAACGUCGUCGGCUCGUUUGGCCUCGCGAUUGUGCUCUCGAUCAUCUGCUUUUGGGUCUACAUUGAGACGCCGCACACCAACUUUUGGGGCUAAGAAGACAAUAUUGUUGUCUUGAGGUUGCAACAACACUUUAUACUUUCAUUGCA